GCAAAGAGCUGUUUUCAUAGGUGUUAAAAAACAGUUGAAUCAAUACAUUGUCAACAUAAACUCAUUAUUCAUACAACAAUAUAGUAUAACUCGAUACUAUUGUUUAAUUUGUUGUUGUUGUUUUUUUUUUUUUUUAGAACAAAUAUACAAGUAUGGAUGAUUCAAUGAGCUCCACAAAUUACAUGAGUCAAUCUCAAUCUUCAAAUUGUUCAGAAGAGAGUGGUUGGACUUUGUACUUUGAAGAUUUCUUAGCCAACAAUAACUAUGAUAAUAUUCAAGAUCAAGAUGAUGAAGAUUAUGAACAUACUUCCUUCUCAUCUUCUCAGCACCGUGCUACGCGAAAGCUUUGCAGUAGUAAACUAAUCUCCCAAAAUAGAAAAAUUCACGCCAAAAAGUUUGUUGAUGAGGAGUUAGAGGAUACUGCUAGUUCUCCUAGCCACAGUCCCAAGGUUAAUGAUUUGAAGGACUUAUACAUGAAGUCUAAACAAUUGGAUACCCAAGAUGUUUAUUAUCAGGCUUAUAAUUCCAGCCAUUUUCAGAGGAAGCAUACGAAGGACGACAUGUACACCUGUUUGUCACAUCCUUCACAGGAAAUAAAUGGGCUAGCUUCACAGAAGGAAGGGGAAGGCAUUGAUAUGGAUUUUCUAGAGACCCAAUUGAGGAAAAAAGGACUUUGCUUAGUACCAAUGUCAAUGUUAUUAAAUCAAAUUAGUUGAAAUAUUCAAUUAUGCAGGCCUAGUUUGUCAGUGUAGCUUCCUCUUUAUGUAAAUUGAGUAGGGGAGAACAAAAAUGGGAUUUCUCUCCAUUCAAUUUAAUGAUUAUUCAAUAAUAAUGGAGGAAAUAGCUAGGGUUAUUUAGAAUGUAUGAACAAGAUCCUUUAGGCCAAAUGUCUUACUAUGUAAAAAGUAAUAUUAUUUGACUAUAAAUUAGGUUUCAUGUCGUACUAAUAAAGAAUUUAAAUGUAUCUAUAUAUUGUAUUCUCUUAUUGCUUACCUGAGCUGGUUACCCCAUUUAAAACCCAAAUUAAGUUCUUCAGCUCA